AUGCAUCUAAGAGGUGAAACCCAUCAGCAGGUGACCCGCCGGGGGUGGUGUGUAGCCACGGUGACUCCGGUGACUCACCGCCAGAGGGGGCACAGCUUCCCCCCGGGGGAAAGGUUACAUUUGAAGGGACCCAGGGACCAUCUCGACCAGGAGCAAACAAUUAUCAUUUUGCUGGAGUCCUAUCAAAACAAUAAACAAAACCGCAACCACAACCAGCAUCGGACAUGGCUCGCUCGACACCUUCAUCCACGACCGACCUCUUGCUUUACUUUCUGGCGAUCUUCGUGCCCCCAGCAUCGGUGUUCAUCAAACGUAAAGUCGACCUUCCUUCUUCUUCCUGCGCUUUCGUUUGCUGUACAUUUGCCUCCAACCUGCGCCUGUGCGGCCGAUUUCUGGAUCAACGUUGCCCUCUUCAUCCUGGGUUGGAUCCCCGGAGUCAUUCAUGCCUGGUGGAUUAUCUCCAAAUACCCCGACCACACGCCCCCGCCUGCCGUCGGCCACCAUGAUCCACACCACACACAGCCAAACUCCCAGUACCAGCCCGUACCCAACUACGGCUCCGUCCCUCCAUACAAAUAA